AUGCAACUUUUUAGGGAUGUGUUGGAUGAGUGCGGAUUUCUUGAUCUGGGUUUUGUGGGUAGUAGGUUCACAUGGAGUAAGCAUCUUGUAGACGACCACUCUAUUUGGGAGAAACCUGAUCGGGGUGUGGCCAAUGCUAACUGGUUUCUUAAAUUUCUAGGUACAAUUGUACAUCAUCUUCAAUGCACCUCAUCAGAUCACUUGCCUCUUUGUAUCAAUUUGUCAGGGUUGGAAAUUCCACCAAGAAAGAAGAUAUUUAGGUUUGAGGAGAUGUGGCUUUCGGAUGUACGGUGUGUGGAGAUGGUGGAGGCUUUAUGGUCAUCCUAUUCCCAUGAGCAUAGAGACGAUGCAAUCAUUAAGAAAGUGGAACAAUGUGGUAAAGCCCUUACAUGGUGGAACCAUAAUUUUUUCGGUAAUGUGAGAAAGGAAUUGGCAAAGAAGAAGGAGCUUUUGGUGGUUGCCGAAAUGGAAGCACAAACACAUGAGCAGAAUGCACGGCUUAGGGCCCUUAAAGAAGAAAUUAACACUCUCUUGGAUAAGGAAGCACGCAUGUGGAGCCAAAGAUCACGCACACUUUGGCUGAAAAAUGGAGACAAUAAUAUAAAGUUCUUUCAUUGCCGAGCCACUAAAAGAUUCAAGAAAAAUCUAAUCCGUGGGAUCAUGGAUGAGAACAACAAUUGGAGAGUGGAACCGGAUGAGAUUGCAACCUACUUGAUCAAGUACUACCAAGAACUCUUUACCUCCUCCAAUCCAAUCUCUCAUGGGGUGGCCUUGGAAUGUAUUCCAAGGGCUAUCACCGACCACAUGAAUGCAGCCCUAGUUGCACCCUUUCAAGUUGAGGAAGUGAAGAUAGCACUCAAGCAAAUGGCUCCUCUUAAAGCACCCGGACCCGAUGGCAUGCCACCAUUGUUCUACUAG